GACGUUUAACAUGUUUAUUAAACUCAGUCUUUCAAAAAAAAAUUACUCUUCACUUGGCGCUUGAAAUCUUUGAAAUAAUAGAAUCUUACCGUCUCAAAUUCGUCUAAAAUGAGUUCCUUGCGUUUCUGCAUUCUUAUUCGAAGUCACAAGCUGACAGGAAUAGGAACACUGACCACUUUUCUUUUUCAAGUACGUAUCAACUUUAGAGCCUCUGGCAACCAUGGCUUUCCCGUCAGCUCUUCAUUAUCACUAACGUCAGGCAACGCGGGCCUGGGCAUCGCUCCCGCCUGGCGUUCGGGGUAUUCCUCUCCAAGGAUCCUGUUUGAUUCAUUGCACAGCUCCCGUGUGAGAACUCCCGAGACCGAGUUUAGUGUUAGAUUCACAACGUCGUAUGUUUUAUCCCAUUUUCAACAACCAUCAAGGGCAAGGCGGCCUCAUGAUUCCUCAUCACAGCAUCUAACAUUAAAGUCAGAAAACUGUUUCUCAACAAUUCCACUGUCUUCUUGGACUUGGAGGCAACAACAUCUCCAAUUGAAAUUCCUUCAAGUAAAAUUGGCAAAUGUUUGUCAUUGGAAUUUUAGUUCCACCAGAUACUUGUCAUCUAAUCCUGCCUCAACGCAGUCAUCAUCAGGCCAACCAGUGAAACAUGACCAAGACCACAGAUCUGUCCUCCACCAGCUGAAGAAGCUGAAGAAGCUGGAGAACUCACUCAGAUUUCACGGGUACUCGACUGUUCGUAUUGGAGUAGGAGUUUUCAUCAUCAUAGGUCUGAUGGUGUACCUAUUGCGGGAUCCUAUCAGAGAAAAUGUUGCUGUGGAAGUAUCGCAAGUAGCCUCACGAUCUCUGGAGCAUGAGCAUGUGGCCAUGAAGGCAGAGGAGUUUGCCAAGUCUCUCCUUCAGACACUCCUACAUGAUGAAAACAUGCACCGUCUAGCUGCGCAAUUUAUCAAGCAGGUAUUGAACAGCCCUGAGACCAGAAAAGCUACAACAGAUUACAUCUCGAGCAUUCUGGAGGACCCACAGAACAGACGGCUCCUGGCCUCGACCAUCAAACAGGUCCUGCUCCUCGCCAUCCAUGAUCCCGAGACCACGGCCGCGCUCAAGGCAGUGGUGGUUCUCAUCCUGUCCGAUCCCGAGUCUCAGAAAGCAGCCAGGGGUCUCAUCACAGCCGUAUUCAAGCAUGAUGACCUCAAGGCCGCAGCAGCGCUUUUCUUUGCCGAUGUGCUCCAGUCGCAGGCUGUUGUGAAACAGGCAACCAAACUAGGAAAGGAUGUGACCUUCAAUAUUAUCACAGACCCUAACCUGAAAGAAGAGACAGGAAAGUCUUUUUGGGAGGCUGUGAAAUACUCAGUAACACCAAGGUGGUUCUCGGGAACGACCUCAGAAUCUUCAUCCCCAUCAGAGCCAUCCGCCGAAUCCUCAGAGAUACAUCCAUCUUCAUCAUCGCACUCUUCAACCCAGGAAACUUGGCCCCCAUCACCAUCUUCAUCACCAUCAUCGCCAUCAUCGUCACUACCAUCUCAACUACCGUCAUCAGAGACUCUAUCAUCUCAACCGACAUCACCUUUGCCAUCUUCAUCAUCAUCGUCGUCGCCAUCAUCAUCACUACCAUCACCAGAGUCAUCCCCAUCAUCACCAUCGAUAUCGUCGUUGCCAUCAUCACCAUCAACCUCUCUGCCAUCACCACCACCCUCCAAGCCAACCGGGGAGUCGACAACCCCCUCACCGACUGAAGGAGAAUUAUUUGCAGAGCAGCAACUACUUGAUGAAGACUCCAAUAUCCUAACAUAGAACUUGAAGGUUCCUUUUCUCCAAACUGUGACAGUUGGACCUCUUGAUUUUAUGUCUCAACUUCAGCCUUCAGGCAUUUUUUAUUUAUAAUUUCUAUUGCUACUUUUGACAACCUACCGCCUAAAUUUGCAACAUCGGGCCCCAGCAUAUUUUUUUCUUGCUUCACUUAUAUAUCGAGUCUCUUUUUCAAACGUCAACAUUCAGGGUACAUUCUAUACAUGAAAUAAUGGCUGUUUACCUCAUGGAUGUUACGAUGUGAGUCGAAAUUGACGAUUUGAAAAAAGAUAGUCAGAGGGUACUAUUGUCCAUAUUGAUUCCAUAAUAAACUACUGCAAUGUGAUGAUUUUCUAUUCGGCAUUUUUUAAAUUAACCUGCAUCUCAGCGUCACUUGAAAAAAAAGGGAUGUCGGAAGCUUAACCUUGAGUGUUCAUCACAUACUACAUGAAAUAUGAUGGCAUGAUUCGUGCCAAAGAUGGAAAUUUUUAUAUUUCUAGGUUGCCAUAAGACUUGCCGGUAUUGUUCGGUCUAAUUAUGUUGCUAUUCUUUGUCAAAGUUUGUUAUUUGUAAGAAACAUUCCAAGCAAUGGAACAUCAGUGCAUGCAAUAUUUCAUAUAAUAAUUGAAUUGUUGAAUUAAAAGAAAUGAAUUUAAAUAUUGUGUACGUUGUUCUUUAAAGAUUAAGCUCUCGGGACUUUUAGCACAGUCAAGAUGGCAAGGCCAGUGGAUUCUCUGUAUAACAGAAUUAUUCGGACCAUAAUUAAUGUUUGGGGUUAUUUGGUAACAGUAGUCUCUGUAUUUUUUUUUUGUUAAGGACGUAAAGCCUGGGACCUAGGGAGAGUUUCAUCAACACUUUCGUCUGACAAGUUGUCAGAUCUGCCAACUUUCCUUGAUUUUGAUUGGCAGGAGAAGCACUAUUACUAUGGUAACUGUCGGAUAAAACGUCUGUCAAGUCCUUUCAUAAAACCCUCCCCAGAAAUGUAAACUUUGAUUCUUGAAUGUUUUGUUCCUCAAUACUCAGUCAAAAAUCUUGACACGAUUAUAUUGCACAUUAAAACCCAAAGCAGUGUUGGGAAAAUAUAGGUGAAUGCACUCUUCCUCUACUAGAUUUUUACUAAGAUAAUCAUCAUGACUGUAAUGAUCAUCAUAAUGGCACAGUUCUCAGAAGACUGCAUUCCACUUUAUCAAUAAUAUCUACAACGCAAAACAAAAAGACUCCAUAAACACAAACUGAAUAUUAAUUCAAGCAAUAUAGUAUAUUGUUUGAGAUUACAACAAAGACAAAAUCGGUAUAAAAAAAGGUUCAGUGAAGGAAACGUGAAAAUGCCGACUUCAUACUAUUGGCUAUACAAGACAAUGUGAGACAUCUAAGAAUACAUAGUAUUAGCCGUUAUUACAGACAAAAAAAAACAACA